AAGCUGAUUCAGUAAGCUGCGACUGCGACCUCCUAAAAAUUCGAAUAAUUUAAAAAACAUCUGAAUGUUUUUACAAUAUUUUUUGAAUAAACGGAACGAUCGAAAUUCUUGAGCUGCUAUGCGAAUGACCGAAAGACGACAUGAAUUGAAAACUGCAAGGUGUCAAUGUGAAACAGGAAUUAUCAAAAUUGGCCAGUUUUCUCAUUUGAGCUAUGGACGAGUCGACGCCGAUAACAACGUACAUAGACUACGAAGAAUUGGAAAGCAAUGUAACAGUUGCGGCUCUGAAAACAACCACUUAUGCACCGGCAACUUCCGUCGGCCUGUGGGGACUUUUGUUCAUAUUCGUCAUAAUAUUCCUCUUCAUUGUCCUGUGUUGCACCUGCAUGGGUCUACUGGUCCUCUUUGGUUGUGUAAAGUCCUUUCUUUGUUUUCGGUGUCGACGUCGAGAUGAGCAAUAAAUGAACGGAGAUCAUUGAAUAAUCCUAAGUUUCUACAAAAUUCUACUGAGAAAAUCAUAUAUCAUUUGUGUAAAUUUAGCAUCUAUUAUAUGUCUAUUAAACGUUAUUUAUUUUAUA